UUGGUUACGCCCAAGCCCAUCCAACUCUUCCCUCACACCUCGUCUCUCUGCAACUCUUUCUCCCCACAAUUUUCUUCUAAUCUUCUUCGUCAGAUCAAAUUUCUUUCGCGGGUACUUAGUUUCCGGUUACGGAGCUGACACACGCCUUUUGUCGAACUCACGGUGCAGCCUUGGCUCUCCUAUCCUCUUCCUUCUUCAGAUCCAGAAGCCCUUGUUAAACUGAAGAAGAGAAGACAAAAAUGGAAUCAGAGAGUGGUAAAGACACGAUGUUGUCGUUACAGACUGUGGAAGGUCUCCUUCCUCUCGCCUCUGUCUCUCAACAACCUUACGUCUCUGAGCUUCUCUCCUUCACUCUGGAUAGGCUACACAAGGAACCGGAGCUUCUACGAGUAGAUGCAGAGCGAAUUCAGAGGCAAAUGCAGGAGGUGGCAGUUGGAAACUACCGUGCCUUCAUUGCAGCAGCUGAUGCAUUGCUUGCAAUAAGAGAGGAAGUGACUUCUAUUGAUAAACAUCUUGAAUCCCUGAUAAUUGAGAUCCCAAAACUGACAUCUGGUUGCACUGAAUUCAUUGAGUCUGCUGAACAGAUUUUGGAGAAGAGGAAGAUGAACCAAACAUUGCUAGCAAAUCACAGUACUUUACUUGACUUGCUUGAAAUUCCUCAGCUUAUGGACACAUGUGUGAGGAAUGGAAAUUAUGAUGAGGCUCUUGAUUUGGAAGCAUUUGUGUGCAAGCUUUCAACCAUGCACCCCAAAUUGCCUGUUAUUCAAGCACUUGCUGCCGAAGUUAGACAGACAACCCAAUCACUUCUUUUUCAGCUUCUCCAGAAGCUUCGAUCCAAUAUACAGUUACCAGAAUGUCUGCGUAUUAUUGGAUAUUUACGCCGUAUAGGAGUCUUUAGCGAGUACGAAAUGCGUUUGCAGUUUCUGAGAUGUCGAGAGGCAUGGCUUACUGGAAUUCUUGAGGAUCUGGAUCAGAAAAAUGCUUAUGAGUACUUAAAGGGGAUGAUAAACUGUCAUAGGAUGCAUCUGUUUGAUGUUGUUAACCAGUACCGAGCAAUAUUUUCUGAUGAUUCAUCAGGAAAUUACGAAAAUUACGAUGGUGGGCUUCUUUUCAGUUGGGCUAUGCAUCAAAUUACCUCACACCUGAAAACUCUUAAAGUCAUGCUCCCAAAGAUAACUGAAGGAGGAUCUCUGUCAAAUAUCCUGGAUCAGUGCAUGUAUUGUGCUAUGGGGCUUGGUUGGGUUGGACUUGAUUUCCGGGGAUUGCUUCCACCACUUUUUGAGGAGGCAGUUCUCAAUUUAUUCUCAAAGAACAUGAGUACAGCUGUUGAAAAUUUUCAGCUAGUGUUGGAUUCACAUCGAUGGGUUCCACUACCAGCUGUUGGCUUUCCAGCAACUAGUGUUGGUGAAGAAAGUAAGGAGGACGUGACUCCCCCAUCCUAUCUAAUGGAGCAUCCACCUCUCGCUGUGUUCAUUAAUGGUGUAUCUGCUGCAAUGAACGAGCUGCGUCCUUGUGCCCCUUUAAGUUUGAAGCAUAUACUUGCGCAAGAAUUAAUAGAGGGAUUGCGGGCUGUUAGUGACUCACUAUUAAGGUACAAUGCAACACGUAUGCUCAGACAAAACGAGUCUGGGCUAUUCUUCUCUCUUUGCCGAGCAUUCAUAGAGAUUGCUUUCCCGCAUUGUGCCACAUGCUUUGGUCGUUGUUACCCCGGUGGUGUUGCUCUUAUCACGGACGCAAAGAGUAUAUAUGACGGGCUUGGCCGCUUGUUGACAGUUUCGCUUUCGAAAGAGGUGCCAAAACCAGAUAGUAAUGCAGAUGGAAGUGCCAUAUCAGAAAAUGGUGACCUAUCUGCAGUUGAAAAUGGGGUUACACCCACAUCUGAAGAAAAGGAGGUUGAAGAGGAGCGGAACAGUUUGCCGUUGCAGACUGAAGAAAAGCCUGCAGAUGAAUGAAGCUUUUUCUUGAAGCGACUAGAACCCGUUCUUUUUUGCUCUUACAAUUUAUUGUUGAUUUGAUUUCUUUGUACUUUGUUCAAAAUGUUCAUUAUAUAAUUAAAUGAUAGGGUUGUAUUAUUAUGAAAGGAAAAAAGAAGAGUUUAUACAACAGUGAGUGAAGUAGGGUCAGUCCAGUAGAGUCUUUCAUAUUUUGUAGUAUUACGAUGAAAAUUUGAGUUUCGCAGUUUAUAACGUAAGUGUUUGCAUGUGGUUCUGAAAUAAAUUUGCUUUUGAUCUUAGCCAAAA